AUGGCCGAGGGCCGGCGCGUCGCCGCGCUGCUGCUGCUCAGCCCCGUGCUGCUGCUGGUCGCGAUCCGGCCGGUCAAGGCCGCAGAGAGCAACCACACCCCCGGGGCGGGGCCGUGCUACAAGCAGGAGACAUACAACGCGACCGUGGAGACGACGGUCACGGUGCAGGUGAAUAAGACCAAGUACGACUGGUGUCUGGGGGGCUUCAUGCGCUGCCAGGUGUACAGGCUGGAGAACGUGGACCGGUUGCAGAAUGUGACCCAAGUGCACACACGGAACAUCGAGACGUGCUGCCCGGGAACAGAGCCCACCAGGCCGCCCGUGACGGGGAAGAACGUGUCCCUCCACUGCGUGCCCAUCAGGCCGCCCACCACGACGACGACGACAACCACCACCACGACCGUGGCGCCAACGACCAUCACCACGACCACGCAGUUGCCAACGACGCGCCCCACCAUGCCACCGGUCACCAAGGCCCGACCCACCACGACGACGACCACCACCACCACAACGACAACAACAACUACUACGACACCGCCACCCACCACACCCACCACAACCACCACUACGGAGGCAACCACAGCAAUGGCGACUUUCACGACACCGAGGGAGACGUGUCGCAUGGGGCUGUGGGGGCGGGGGUGUUCGUACGAGUGCACCUGCGGCGCGGGCUGGCCCUGCGACCAGGACACGGGAGCCUGCCCUGCCGGGGCCCCUGGCCCCGCCAUCCCCUCCCUUCCCCCCGCCACCUCCACCAGACCCACCACGACCACCACCGUCACGCCGUCGCGAGCCGCCACUGUGGCGGCGGGCGGCCCGGGGGCGGGUCCCGGCGGGGGCUUCAGGGAGGCCGACGACGUCCCCCUGCACAUCGCCCUGGCGCUGCUCUGCAUCUGCCUGCUUGCCCUGGCCGUGGCGGCUGUCAACAGGCGGCGCAUCGCCAAGUUCAUGAACUCCGGCGACGAUGGUUGGGACUCGGAAACGGCUGUGCGGUGCAGUGUCGCCGGUGAGGACGCGAGAACGAUUGGCACCCCACUAGGCCUCAUGUGGGGCGACUACGACAGUCCGCCCUCGCCCGUGGCCGUGGGACUCUCCAACGGGGUGGUGCGCGACCCUCUCGCCGAGCAGCUGGCGGCGCAGACGAGCGACCCGGAGCACAUCUACCAGGAGAUCCGGCCGCACGGCCACCAGAACGGCGGCCCUGUCGUGCUGCGGGGCCUGAGGGCAUCGUCGGACGCCUUCCAGUGAACGGUGAAGUGACUUUUUUACGCCAAGAUGUGUGUGGACUCGUCGUGCGACGUUUACGUAUACGGACAUAAAAUAGAGUGGCUUUUCACUGCCGAAUAUUGUGUCAGGCGUCAGACUAUUACCUAGUCCACGAAUAGUUUUGAUGCUUGUCAGAGUUUACGUAAGUCUGAUAGUGUUAAGGAAGCGCGGCCAAGUGUAUUUUUCUAAAACCAAGACAAACUAAACAAAAAAAAGAA